GGCACUUCCUAGACAUGGUAGCCUAAACUAAGCAGCGCCGCCCGUGCAGCGAGGCCCCAGCACCAUGUGAAGCGGGCUCGGGGGCCACAAGUGACCAGAACUUGCCACAUCCCGAGCCCAGCUAUUCCAGUAGAUGGCAUCUACCUGGGGAUGUGGAAAAUUAUCCAGGAUGCCAGCACUAUUCGGGCUUUUCAGUGUGUGCCUCCUGGUGAUCACGGGAAGUUUGUACCACCCCCGCCUCCUGAGUGAUGAAGUUGAGAGUGAAGAGGUUCAGUCAAGGAUGAAGGAGCAGGAGAGCAAGUAUAAGCUGGAGAUGGAGCGGCUCCAGAAAGAAGUGGAUGAAAAGAAUGAUCCUGAGCAGGAAAUGAAGGUCAAUACAUUGGUAAAAACAGAAAACUCAACACAGAUUGAUUGGAACACCUGGAACAUUCUCUUGAUGGUCACAAUUCUGUUCUUGGAACUGUGGAGACAGGACACGUGGCCACAUACACCACAAGACUAUAACAGUGAAGAAGAGGAGGAAGGAGAGAAGGAAAAUGAAUUUCCUCAAAGAAUUUACAGCAACAUUUUGAAUAUUCCUGACAAAUGUGUUUUGGAUCAGUUUUACAACACGUGUAUUCAGAACGUGAGCCAAGAGCCAAUGCAGACGUGCGAAUUUGUAGAGAGCUUUGUAGACAACCUGUUGGAAGCCUGUAGGAAUAUUUGCCAGUGGGAUUCUGAGCUGAUCCUUGAAGAUUGUGUUGGCAUUGGUAGUCAGUUUGAGAAAUGGGGCUGCAAGACACCCUCGGUAUAUGAUAUUUUGGUUCCAAUUUUUCUUCAGGAUGGAUAUUGCUUUAAACCCGAGAUCUGUUGCUGUGACCUCCCACCUGAUAAGCAAAGUUAUGGCCGGAUUGUUAUGGUAACACCUGGAAGUACUGACUUGGGUUGCCUGUGUAAAAGUACUGAACUCGAGGGUGAUGUUCUUUGUCUUAUUCACAGUAAAAGGUUUGAAGCUGAUGUUCGUGCAAAUUGCCUGGCUUCCAUCGUGUGUUCCGAGUGGUAUUUGGACUACAAGAAAGUUCUAAAAUGGUUCAGGGUUGCACUAGCAAAAUCCUGGAACAAAGUUUGUCAUAAGUAUGACUUUGACCUUUCUUUCCACAAUAUUACGGGUUGCUGUGGAUUAAAAGUCCAGUAUCAGUCUGGACGAAACAUCUAUAUUAAAGCCUUUCCUGCUGUGCGGCUGAAGGAUUCAGACGUCUAUCUCGUAUCACGCUUUCCUGAUUACACCAAGAACACAGUGCCAUCUACUACCUACUGGCACAUAUCCUGUGCUGUCUGCGAGUACAGAUUUCUGAAAAUCAUGGCAAAAAGCGUUCCCAAAAACAGUUGUCACCUCAAAUGCCUUCAAAUAUUGAUCUUUCUAACUGAAAAGCUGCGCAGCUCUCCAGACCAGCGGAACAUUCUUGGGUCCUACUUUUUUAAGACUGUCCUUAUGCAUCUGUUGUUAAGUCAGCCAUAUUCAAACUGGCAUGAGUGUCACCUGGAACAUCGGCUCAGAGACAUUUUGAAGUAUCUUGGAAAAUGCUUGGAUGAGAAACGGCUCUAUCGAUUUAUGAUUGGAAAUCAAACAUUUCCUAAGCAAAUGGGAAUUCCAGAAAUGCUUCUAUAUGCAGAGCCUAUAAACCUCUUCCGGUCCUUUGUAACACAGCGUGACUCUUACGGUCAGGCACUUAUGGAAUAUCAGAAAAUAUUAAGGGACAUGGGUCCGUUAAUGAUGGAAUGCAUUAAAGAUAAUACAGUCAGCUGACUGAAAACAGAGCCUUUGCUCCUAGGUCGGGAGCAGAAUUAUUUAACAGAUAUGUAAUAUUUACAUUUCCACUCAGAGUACAUUUAAUAGAUGUUAUUUACAUGGCACUCAUUUCUCUUCUUUAAUACAUGGACACAUUUCUGAUGCCAUUUUAUUGUUAAAUGUUCUCCCCAAAUCAAAAUGGUUGUGUGUUUUUACUGGCAGAUACUUCAGCUCUCCACUUUGACUUCCAAUCCUGAUAAUGCACUCAGAAUGUCUAUAAGGACAUCCUGAAAUUGCAAAUUUGUUGCAAGUAGCUGUACACUGAGGAUGUUCACAUGUGACAGUGGACGACUGAAUUGACCUCGAAAUUCUGAAUGGGAUGAGUAGGCAGUGGCCAGUCCAGUCCUUGCAAAAGGAUUUGGAAAGGGGUAAAUUCAGUCAGAAGUCAGUCCCAGUGUAUUCUGUUACAGUGAUGAGGGGUAGAUAUUUUCAAAAUUUAAACAAAACCAACAACUGAGUUAAACUCAUUACUGAGCAAAAUUAACAGUCCAAACUUGCUCUGUGGCCAUGUUGAAAUACUAAUGCAGUGAUUAAGAGUUCAUCAUGUAUGUGCUAUAAAAUCCUCACAUUAGUAUCAUUAAUCAAGUCCUUUAUUUGAUGCUGGGCUCUUAUCACACACCUCAUAAAACAUCACUGUAAAGAUAUGAACAAAAAAAUCAUGUUUAUUCCCUCUGGCCAAGUCUUAAGGAUGUUGUUGAUAAUUGCAGAGUUUGACCGCUUGUUUUUUCUCAUUGAAUUUCACAGUUCUGCACUUUGUGUUUUUUUGUUGUGAGCCUAAUGGUGCAUUUUUAAACAAAACUGAUAUUUGUGCAAGGGCAUAACAAGGAUUUUAAAAGGAUCUUUUCAACUAUUGUUCCACCUUUUUUUAAAAACAUGAGAGUUCAAUGGAUGUGUGCCCUGUGGGAUGGUAAUAAGCUGAGACCUCAGAUCUGCAGUGCAAUUCCUUAUUUGGAGAAAUGGUGGUGGACUGGCUUUAACUGGAAGCCCGAGUCCAGCCUUUGGUUGAACAAUACUAUGUACUUGGGUAAGCUCUGCUGAACCUCUAAUUCCUGGAAGAAAUAUUAAAGUAGUUGUAAUUAUGAUCACUAAUUUCUGUCACCUCCAGCAUGUUGCCAUCUUUAUUGUUCCCUGACUGUGCUCCUUCUGCUUUUGCUCUUCUAACUCACAUACUUGUUUCCCCAAUGCAUUUAAAUGAAAAUUCACCUUAAUCUUGGAAAACUUUAAAAAUGUGCAUUUUUUUAAACCUUUCUAUUCCUUUUACAAGUUAGCAAUGUUUAAGAAAUAAUGAAUUAAUCAACAACAUCAUUGUUACUCUUUUCAACUUGGCCUUGGACAUUUAUCCAUGGUCAUUUUUUAAAAUGCAGUGUUCCACCCUAAUGUGUACAAUAGGGUGCUUUCUAGUCCUCUGUACACUGUAUUUUACAAUGAAUAAACCUGUUAUAGCUUCGAACAGAGUUCGCAAUUCCUUCUAAGCACACAAUUUGGAAUGUAUCAGUUCCCACAGUCUCAGCAAUCUAUAGUCACAGGAUUGAAGCAAUUAAUCUGGAGUCAGUUAUAUGUUUUCCGAAUAAUAAUCAGUCAUCUGUUACUCAUUGCAGGUGUGGUUGACAUAUGGAAUCAAUGCAUUUUAUUACGUUUGAUAAUCAGACAGGUUUGAGCAUAAAUGGCCAUUUGUUUGACUGUGUCCCUGCCAAAGUUAGGAUAAAAAAGUAUCUACACCAAACUUUACCUGCGUACCUAUUUCCUUGUUGAUCAUUGACUAGACUUGCAUUUCUGAAUUUUUCUCAACCAACUCCAUGACACAUCUAAAAAUAGAAGGAAGUAGCUUCACCACAUUCUGCUGGCAGCCUAACAUGUAUAUCUGAGUUCUGGUACAUCAUGUUCACAUAGAUGAUUAUAGAGUAAUACAGCACAGAAACAGCAUCUUCAGUGUAACUUGUCCAUACCGACCAAGUUUCCUAAACUGAACUAGUUCCACUUGCCUAUGUUUGGCCCAUGUCUCUCUAAACUACUUCUGAGGAAGUGGACCUGAAAUGUUAACUCUGAUUUCUCUCCACAGAUGCUAAAAGACCUGCUGAGCUUUUUCCAGUGGUUUCUGUUUUGGUUUCUGUUUUAGUUUCUGAUUUCCAGCAGCUGCAGUUCAUUUGGUUUUUAUUCUAUUUAAACCUUGGCUGUUCGCACACCUGGCCAAACGUCUUUUAAAUGUUGUAAAUGUACUUGCCUCUAGUUAAGGACCCCAAAUAAUUGUCCACUUAUCCAGAUGACAUUCAAAUAUUUUGGAGACCAGUUAGAAAUGUCCUGAGAGCUAUUUAAUAUUUUCAAAACAUGUAUCAUGAGUCUUAUCAAAGGUGUGGUUUAAAAAGGUCAAAAAUUACAAUAGUAACUGAGUAAUAUCUUGAUUUGUAUAAAGUAGCAUAACAAGAAUGGAGGGCUGAAUACACACUCCAACUGUUGUACAUAAAUUGCUGCACAAAAGGCAAAACACGAGGUGAAUUUUGUAUUUUAGUUAAAUUGGAAGUAAAUUCAAAUAAAUUGAAUGGACUCAGCAGAGUUUCAGAUCAGCAGUUAGACAUUUUGACCAUAAAGGGACAUAUUUGCACCUAACCAGCAACUGUCAAUUGUUUGGUAUCUAACUUAAGUUGGGUAACAGCUGGCACAAAAGGAAGAUGAUGGUGGUUGUUGGAGGUCUAACAUCAUGGCUGCAACACUUCUGCAGGAACUUCUUAGGGUAGGUAUUUUUCUUGACCUUGCUCAGACAUGUUAUGACACACAUCUGGAGCAGAUGGCUUGAACUUCUUGGCUCAGAGGAAGGGACAUUAUCGCUGUAGCACAAUAACUAAUUUCUCAGGGUAGUGUCCAUGUUCCAACCAUCUUCAUCUGCUUCAUCAAUGAACCUCCUUCCAUCAUAAGGUUCGAUGUAGGGAUGUUCCAUGGAUGGUUGCAUAACUUUGAGCACCAUUCGCCAGAACUCUCAUACUGAAGCAGUCCAUGUCCAAAUGCAGCAACAGCAAGACAAGUGACAAGUCAGUCAUAUCACCCAAGCGAUGCCCAUCUCCAAAGAGAAUCUAGCCCUCACUCCUUAACAUUCAAUGGCAUUAUCAUCACCCCAUCCCCACAGUCAAAAUCCUGGGUUUCUCAGCGACCAAAAAGCGAACCGGACUAAUUGUUGUGAGCAAUAUCUGCCAGCACUAGCCAUUGGAUCAAGGAAUAGGAAACACAGGCAGUCAUCAACUUUCUUGUGACAAACACGGACUGUUGAAAGGCAGGGUUUAAACAGUCACACUGUGAGUGCUCCUCAUGAAACAAGUGCCCCCUGCUUGACCUGAAAUGUGUAGCCAACUUCGACUGUGGUCUUUGAACAAAUACAAAGAGACAGAAACAAUGCUGCAUGUAAGUAAGAAGCAUUUCUUCAAAGUGGCAGAUGAAUUACCUCAAACUCAGAAAAUGAGACUAUUGCUCGGUUUUUGGGAUUUGCACUUGCUAUGUAAAUAAAAGACCUAUCCUGUGACACUUUGGUAAUGUCUGGUAAUGUCACAUAAAUGAAGAAAGACUUGUUGGAGCUAAUGGACUCUCAUGCAAUUUUACUCAGCAAAAUUUGAACAUGUCAUGUUUUGUAACAGUUAUGUGUAUAUGUAAAUAUUUUUCAAACCAUUAUAUCACUUGUAUUUGAGGAACAAAUAUUUUUUAAAACACUUCUUUAUUCUGCUUUUUCCACAACCUUCAAUGGGACUCCCAUGUCUGAAAUUAUCAGGUCAUAUUCAAAGCUCAUGUAUUUCAAUGCUUUCUGUCCUUUGUUUUGCUCCUCAAGACUACAAGUAGCAUCUGAUUUUUGUUUCUUCGCAAAUGCAAACAGAAAGUCACAUGCAAAACUGUCUCCCUUCCACAUUGUGCCUGUCCACCCUUUUGACAAUUUCUGUUCAAAUAUGCAUUUGCUUGUUGUGAGACUCAGUGCCUUUUCUGAAAUAAUAAAUAGUAAUAAUAGAUGAUGCCGAUUGGUAUUGUCACUAGACAAUUAAUCCAGAGACACAGGUAAUGUCUUGAGAACAAGGGUUCGAAUCCCAUCAUGACAGAUGGUUAAACUUAUUCAAUGAAAAAAAUCUCUGUAAUUAAGAGUGUAAUGAUGACCAUGAAAACAUUGAUGAUUGUCAGGAAAAAAAGCCCAUCUCAUGCCCUUCAGAGACGGAAAUCUGCCAUCAUUACUUGUUCUGGCCAGUAUCUACAAAAAUGUGGUCAACAAUUAACUGCCCUCUGGGCACUUAGGGAUGGGAAAUCAAUGCUUGCCAAGCCCGUGAUGCCCACAUCCUUUAAUAAAAAAGAUAUCAAGUUGCCUCAGUGUCAGUGAACAAAAAACAAGUUUUUUUAAUCGACAAGACUGACAAAGACCUUAAUCAAUCUUAAAUAAUACUUCCAAUGUUUACCACAGAUGCUGUGGGAUAUUGCCUGUGGCAUUUCACCCAAUGGGCACAGGUCCUAGAGGAGCAUGGUUCCUCAAUCUCACGCGCAGCCUCUACACCAAAAUGCAUUUUCACAAAUCACCACCAGAGAACGCCAGUGCAAAACAGAUAGAAUGCUGCAGUGUGCAAACUGCUAAUUUUUAACUCCAGCGUUAACAUCACAGACCAGAAAUUAACUUGUGGGAUACAGUCAAUUCAGAAUAAUUCAUGGAAAGCAGCACUCACUGCGGACUGAAAAUAGUUACUUUUCUACACUUUGACACUUUUCUACAUGUAAGACACUACAGAUACAAGGAUCAUGUCAUAGUGAUAACAAUUUUAAAAAAUGCUUUUUGAUUACUGCGUAAGCUAUUUUUGAAACUUAGCAGUGAAAUGUGUUCAGUCCUCUGCUAAUUUCAACUUGAAGCUGUUCGUAAGGACUUGAGAAUGAUGUCCCAUGGGAAUGUUUCCAGGAUUUUGGAGCAGAGUGGAAGAAGUGUUUUUUUUUUGUUUGCUUUUGCGGUUCACAGAAUGUAAAGUCUUUUAACAGGGUAAAUUGAAGCCCUGGAUUGGGGGCCCAGCAUAAAGCAAAGAGUGCCAUCACAGCAAAAUCAUAAGUUCAUUCGUUGGUAAUAGCUGCUGCUUUGACUAUCUAUUGUAAAUUAUUUUCAGAUUAAAGGUAAAUAGGGGAAAUAUUUUACAGAAUAAAAUCAAUGAGACCAGUAGCAAAGUUGUAGAAGAACAAACUGUCAACUAACUGAAUAAAAUAGGAAAUGCAGACUCAGCUGAUGUGUUGUAUCUGCAUGAUGUGGGAGCUGAUGGACCUCAUUGCGAAUCAUCAUGACCACAUCUGUGACAAGUGUUGGUUGCUUUAGAAACUCUGGCUCAGGAUUGAUGAGCUGGAGUCUCAGCUGCAAACACUGUGACACGGUGGGGGGAGGAGUUAUCCGAAUACAAUGGUCAGGAGGCACUCACUCACUCAGAUUAAUAACCUCGAAUUUAGUCAGUGGUCUGGAAUAGAAGGAUGUGAGUGAGGCAAGUGGAGGGAUCUAGGAGAUAGUGCUGCAGGACCCUUGGCCUUUAAGCUUGUCUACAGGCUGAGAUUCUUGCUGUUUGUGUUCACAAGAGUGGGGCUCUGGGGAAGAUGAGCAAACUGACCACAGUGCCAUGGUAUAUGAGAGAGUGGAGAAAAAACCAAAGUAGUUGUAAUCAAGAAAGUAUAGUCAGGGAAUAAACACUGUUCUCUGUGAUAACAAGGUGUAGAGCUGGAUGAACACAGCAGACCCUUCGGGUCUAGGCCCGAAACGUC